AUGGAUCCACCUGCUGUCUUGCUUUCUCCUCAGUCUCAGACCUGCACCCACCUGGCAGAAACCUGUAUGGAACAGGAGAGGAGCCCACCCACCGCAGAAGUGGGCAGUGACUCCUUCUUUCCCAGUGGUCAGUUGCCCAGCUCCAGCCUCACUGAUGCCGAUUGGUUUUGGGACGAGCACAUCCAGGCAAAGAGGGCCAGAGUAGAGACCAUUGUCCGAGGCAUGUGUCUCUCUCCGAGUUCGUUAAUGUCAGGCAGAGCCAGGGAGAGCUCACGCUGUCCAGAAAAGGUCCGGGAGAGGAAGAGAAAGCAGAGUCUUCCAAUGCACCAAGGUCCCCUGAAAUCUAGCCCUGCCUGGGAUCGAGGGCCCAAGAAGGCGGGGACCCGGGUGAAAGAACAACUUCAUUUACUGAAGCAACAGCUAAGACAUUUGCAGGAGCAUGUCCUACAGGCCACGGAGCCCAGAGCACCAGCACAGAGCCCAGGAGGUACUGAGCCAAGAAGCUCUCUGGCAGCCAAGGCGAGGAACACCUUCCCAUCUAGCGCCUGGGCCGUGGAGAGCAAACCUCACCAGAGUUCUAGCAAGGACAUUUGUGGCGCAGUCAAGCCCGGAGCCGCUGAAGUUCUACAGCAGUCAGAGGAGCCUGUGUUCUGUCCUUCCGGCCCACGGGCUCUGGUGGAGACUCUGAGGAAAGAACUCAGCAGGGCUGUGUCCCAGGCUGUGGAUUCAGUAUUACAACAGGUGCUACUUGACCCACAGAGCCUGCUCCCGCGGCAGGACGGGAGCUGCCAGGGGCUAGCAUCGGAGGGCAGAAGCCAGCCUUCACCUCCAGGGAGAAGUGCCUAUAAGGACCCACUUGCUCUUGCCACCCUGCCCAGGAAGGUCCAGCCACAAGCUGGGGUUCCCUUGGGCAAUUCGACGCUGGCUAGGCCUCUAGAUUCUCCUAUACGUCCUGUCUCUCCAAGAAGAGUCCCCAAAUCAUAUCAGAGUCCCCUAUCAAAUUGUCCCUUGACAACUGUACCUUCCCACAUCUGGGAAAACCAGAUUCUUAGCCAGCUUCUGGGUCGUGGGCCUGAUGGCCAUUGGAGUGGCAGCCCUUCCCAGGAUGCAUCUCAUCAAAGUCAUACCUCCCCAGAGUCUGCCCAGCAACCCUGGGGGUUGAGCCAGCAGCGCCUCCCCCUGUCUUUCACCCCUGUGCACCUGGAAAGCCGUCCUCUCCUGCCGGCAGCCGUGAAGAUGGAGCAGGGCGUGCUGCAGGGCAUGGCCGACUCACUUCCUUUCUCUGCCAUCCACAUCCAGGAAGGCCUGAGCCCUGGUCACCUGAAGAAGGCCAAGCUAAUGUUUUUCUUCACGCGGUACCCCAGCUCCAGCCUCCUGAAAGCUUACUUCCCUGAUGUUCAGUUCAAUCGAUGCAUCACCUCCCAGAUGAUCAAGUGGUUUAGCAACUUCCGUGAGUUUUAUUACAUCCAGAUGGAGAAGUAUGCCCGGCAAGCGGUUUCAGACGGUGUCACGAAUGCCCAAGCACUGGCAGUCCUCCGAGACUCAGAGCUUUUUCGAGUUCUCAAUACACACUAUAACAAAGGGAAUGACUUUGAGGUCCCAGACUGCUUCUUGCAAAUUGCCACCUUGACACUACAGGAGUUCUUCAGGGCUGUCUCCACAGGGAAAGAUUCAGACCCUUCCUGGAAGAAACCCAUUUACAAAAUUAUUUCAAAACUGGACAGUGACAUCCCAGAGAUACUCAAAUCUUCCAGCUAUUCCCAAGGACUGUUUCCCAGUUAAGAUCAAAGAAGAUGAGGUCAAGUAUGAUAGCACAGGCCUUUGAUUCCAAGAUGGGAGGUGGAGGCAGGAGGAUCAGGAACUUAAGGACAGACAGUCUUCGCUACAAAGACAAACAUCAAACAAAAUGAGUAGACAGGCCCAGGAUGGCCCAAGAUUUGUCAUAAAUGGCAGUUUAGCUGUCGUCACAUAAGAGAGCACAA